AUUUCUCUUGAAAAAUGCCAUCUUUGUUCUAAGUGCCAGGUUUCAGGAGGAUUUUUCUCGCUGUUUUAUUUUGCUGAUUGCUUAUUUGCAAGGUUUUGAGGUGAGCUGAUAUGAGGUUAUUAUUAAAUGGCGUUACAGCCAGCUUACACUUGCGUUUUUCAGGGAGUGUUUUGCGGACUGAUCUUCCCGAUCAGCAACUCCGCCUGCAUUGUACGUUAUUUUUCAGCCUUUUUGUGCUCAAGGUCUGUGUUACGCUUUGUCGUAUUGCUAAAAUGGUUUGCGAUUUUCUUGUCUCCCACGGCAAGUUUUUAAAAAACGUCUGUGGGCAUCGUCGUUAGCAGUAGUUUAUAGCAAAACCCAAAUGCACUUAUCAGAGGCCAUCACGAGAUGGAGAGUUGCUGAGAGUUGAGAGUUGUGGCAUUUUGACUAGUAUCAAGAUUUGUACUGGUAUCAAGAUUUGUAUGGAUAUUUGGCUUAAUAGGCCUUUUUUCGCAUUUGUUAUAUGUCACAUGAAAUUUGUGACAAAUUUUGAAAUAUCACGAGCGGUGUUUAAAAUACAAAAACAGUUUUAUUUGUUUAUUACUACCCGAAAAAGGUUUCGUGAGGUAUUUCAAAUUAAGCUGAAAUACCACUGCAUAAAUUGCCGAAAUAUCUCAUGUAACCUGUAAUAGGCUUUUUAGUUGGCCAUAUCACCUUCCUCAAAAAACAGUUUGCGAUUGCAACGGCCGCCGAAAAACCUGUAACUAUUCAGAAAAAAAGCUCUUGCAACGGCCAGUCAUUCAUGCUUGAGUGGUUUUCCAUACUAAUCCUUGUAAAUUCAGAAAUUUCUAAGCUGUCAUUUAAUCUUUCCCUUAUACGUUUAAGUUCUCAAAUUGCCCAUUAUGAAUUAAAAGGAGAUUUGAGCCCAGUAAUGCUUAAUGAAAUAUUUCACGACAGUAUGAAAAUUUCGAAAUUUUAAAAGGAUUUGUAUGGAAGACUAUUCAAGCAUGAAUGGGUGGCAAAAGUUGUUAAUCUGAUACAAAUCCUUCUAAUUUUCCAAUUGCUACUUUUGAGAUAUACAGCUGAAAAUUUACAGGUUACCUAAUUUUAAUGUGCUCUUUCAGCUCGUGCUAAUAACAAAUUUUUUCAAAAGUGAACUGUUUUCGUGUUUACUAAAAGUUGAUCAUGUGAUGUGAUUAACCAUUGCAAAAAGCCUGUUGACGUUAUUACUGUAAUUUUUUCGUGGGUAAGUUUACGAAAAUGUUUUAAUAGAGGGUCCUCAAUAGGGUUCUUCUUUCCUGUCAAUCUUGAUUCAAAUUUUCACUCAAUCCCACUGUAUAUCCUGAUUGUUUUGUUUGGCAUCCCCAAUCCUGUGUAUACUUUGGAUUCCCGUGUCUCGCCCAGGGGUUUCAAUAUUAAUUCAUUGAAGUAGCAAGAAGGUUUUAACAGAGUACCCGACUGUAUCAACAAGGGGGCGUUAAUCCAGUGCCUCUAGAAAGGUCUGGGGGCAUGCUUCCUCAGAAAAUUUUGAAAUUUUAAAGCCCUAAAAUGUGAUUUCCACCAUUAUGGGGACUAAAUUGAUUACAAAAGAGUGUGUUUUUCAUUCGAGAAAAACUUUCAUUCAGGUUCUGAUUAUCAGCCACACAACUUCUGUGAAAACCUCCAAAGAAAUGUGUGAAGAAUUGACUGACAUACAGCAUUUAUGUAACUAGAGCAUAACUCAAAACCAGUGGGCCUUUACGUUUUCAUUCAGAUUUAAUGAUAUGUUAUUUGUUUACAACAUCAUAAGCACUAGUUGCUUCUUCUUUCGGGGAGAAAAGUAACUGACUUCUCUGAGCAAAAUAACCGACGUGUUUCUUCAGUCAUCGGUGCUUAUUGAAACCCCUGCUCGCCCCUAUUUUGCUUUACGAUCCCAAUACUCCAGAUCCCAAAAAAACAUAUUAGGGAUGAUUCAUAUGAACCAAUCCGAAUCAAUAUUUUUGUAACCGUGAUGAUCUUAACUAUUUUCUUUUCCAUAUCUGGAAAGUCUGAACUGUAAAGAUGAAUGCAAAAUUCAGGAAGGUAAGUCAUGCCCUGUCCACCUGAAUCCAACCAAGCCAAAACCACGUAAUUAAUUGAAUCCCAAAAUAUCUGGUUUCAGUUGUCGUCAUGAAUUCAAAAAUGUGUCAGAUCCUUAAGAAAACACUCUGGAGAGCAGUUUAAAAAAGAUGCAGUUUUGGUGUAGACAAAAUACCAAUUUGUGUAAAAAUAUGCAGUUUUAAAAACAUCUGGAUUGUUGUGAACGGGGUGUUAUUUUCAGUAAUAUUGAUGAUCUUAGCUUCUCACUGAAUUCAUUUGAAUACAGAUUCAAUUCAUAAUUAUACUAUAGUUAGAAUUGUAGCAUUUCCAACUCUUUCCUUUCCUUUUUCCUGUUCCUGAUCUUUUGUUCCUCUUACUGUGAUCGAACAUCAGAAAAGUGUGAAUACCAGAAAUAUUCCUGAAAUGUUAUUGUCUUGCCAGGAAAACACCAAUCAGGGAUGGGAAACCUUACAACUGCAAGCACCAACAGUAUUUGUUUGUGGUUUUGUGGCUUGCUUGUGUGUCUUGUGUGUGUUUGACUUACCUGCAUUAGUUCAUUACUAUUAUUUUGUGGUGGAGUUUUCCUGUUAUUUAUUUUGAAAGUAAUAACAAAUCGGUGUUGUUGUUGACAUGCUUUAUUCUCCUCAUAUUUAACUCAGAUAUUUUAUUGAAACAUUUCUUAGGGAGUAAAGCAAGUCCUUAAUGUGAAUAGACUAACUGGGGGUGUACAGGAUGAAGGCAAAGUCUCAGAUGACAUAGCGGCACCUGACAAAGCAGAGGAAAAAUCAAUGGCCAGUUCACUCAAAAGUGUCAGUAAAAUGUUCUGUUUGUUGGUGUUGUUAUACAGUUAAACCUUCGUAAGUGGCCACCCAAAAUGUAAAGAUUUGGUGGUUGCUAACAGGAGGUUUUCUCUCAUGAGAGGCAAACUACGCAGGAGUCUUUCUAGACAAGAGAUUCUUUUGGUGUUGAAUUUUACACAUUGAUCCAUAAAGUUCUCCACAUACCAGGGCUGUCACUAAGAGCCAGGGGCUGGUGAUUUUCACUGGCUUCUAUGAGUGUGAGCCCUGGCUACUCUUUAGGAAGCAAAAGGAAAAUAAGACCAAAAGUACUUCCCUGAGCACUGUAUACUAAUUGCAUUAAUGCGGCAACUUAACAUUUUAGAGUCACAGCCUGCAUACUCUGAGUAGCAUAGUACAUAGGCAUCAGGUGGUUGCUUACAAACAGACAAUACAUAGUCUGCAGGGUUGUCAGAAAGUUUUGAAGUAGAUGGCUGAGUUGUCAAAGUAUUAGCGGCCUGUCCAGGGAUAUUUUAUUUAAGAAAUGCCAUCCAUAAAGAAAUGCCAUGAAGAGUAGCUGGCUGAUACUAACCACGUAGUAGGCGAUUUUCGCCGGCAGCCGGCUACUUUUGACAUCCCUGAGUCUGUCACCCCCAAAAGUGGUGGCGCAGGUCACUUACUUAAUACAUGGUCACUUACAAGAGGUUCCAGCUUAAUAAGGCUUUGAUUGGGAACAUUUUAGUGUUUUGGGUGGUGGUUCCUUUAAUGGGAGGUGUUUGCCGGCACAUGAAGGUUGACAUGCAUACAUAUCAGAUGGUAAAGGGAGAAUUGGCAUGGAGCAACACAGAUGGUAUGAAUUUUCAUCUGUUAAAAUAGAAUGUAUUUUAACAGAUGAAAAUGUUGGUUUCCCUCAACGUAGAUUAUUGAAGUCUGACAUUAAUAUUAGAGAGAAACAAUAGUAGAGUUUGCCAAGAUCCCCUUUGACUUAGAAUAUGUAACUACAGGUCUGUUACUAAAGGCCACAGGGGGGUAUUAUGAACAAGAUUCCCCCGGCGGCAACUUGCAAUCUUAGUGAUAACCUGGAGUAACUACCUUAAAACGAAACAAAUGAUGGAACAAAGAUCUGUGAAGUAGUCAAUCAAUUCACAAAAUGGUUAAGGGGGUGGGGGUUGGGGUCAAUGAGAGAUUAAGGUACCAGUACAAGGCAAUUCGAAAAAUAAAAUUGAAAAACCCUCUCUUAAUUUACCCUGGACCCAAAUAUACUCUGCGGUUUCUAUGCGAAGUGCGAAGUCAACCAAGCUACGGGCAUUAAAUAUGAAAGUGAAAUUAUCAAAGUUUCUUUAAUUUCCUUCAUUUUCACUAAUUGUCAUGAAUUUUAAUUUUUUUAGACUGUUGACAGAGUACGUUUGAGGCUUAAAGUGGCCUCUAUGUUGAAAAGUGCUUCUGAACCUAAUAGAGAGGAAGAGAAAAGGUAAUUAUUCUUUGCCCUGACAGGCUAAGGUAAAGGUAAUGAAUUUAUUGGAAAAGUUAAAUGUGCAAAUAAUGAGAAGCAUGCUACAUGUUUGAAUCUGGACUGACUGCCCUCUUUUGUAUAGUAAUUUGAUUGAAACACUGUUUUUUUUUAAGCAGCUAGACUUAUCAAAGUGAUAUUCAUGUUAAAAUUUAUAGGUUAAAGAAAUUGUUAAUUAUGAUACUUAAGGAGUCGUAAUAUUUCCCUAACAACUCUUGUGUGGCUUCCGUCACUGGACAGGAAGUGGUUUAUCCUUCAAAGCCUGCAGCUAAAUCAGGGAAAACUGCAAUAUAUAUUUUUAACAACAAUAGAUAGCGUUCUUGAAGCUGUUAAGAGUAAGUUGAGUGGAAGGGAAUUUGCAAGCCCGGAUCCCAUCUGGGGAUAUCUGUCAAAUUUGUCAUCACUGAAAAUAGUUUGAUUAAUAUAUUGAAAGUACAGCUGGAACCUGCGAAUACUUUUCUUUUAAUCGUUAUGCUCAAUUUAUAUAUAUAUUAAUUUAUUUUAUAGGUAUAAUCAACUCUCUUUAUAGCGGACACCAUAGCCGGGACCUUGAGUUAGUUUAUUUCAGUCAAAAAUAGAUCUGUAAAUUAAUUUUUGCCUGGGAUUUAGCUGUUGUCCGAAUUAUCAGGGUGUCCGCAAGGCGAGAGUGGAAUUUGUUUUAGUUGAGAAUAUUAUUAUCUAAGCUAGAGGUUUUUGUAACUUUUUAAUGCUUUCAAGUACCUGAAGGUUACAAGUUUUUUUUCUCCCUUGAAAAUAAAUCUUUUCUUCCUAUUUCAUGUUACUUAGUACUUAGUUUUAAAAAUAAACGGUAAAAAGUGUGUCUUUGUUUAUAGGGAAAAAGAAUUUCAUGCAGUGUUCCAUGCAAUUCAAAAUGAGGUAACUUUUGUGUAACACACAUGUGGUUAAAAUACAAUCAAAGAUGGGAACCAUUUUGGCCAAUAAAAAACCUGCGCAGCUAGCAGUUUUGUUCCUUCACGGUAAAGGAGGGAGAGUCACUAUACUAGUACAGAAAGUAAAAAGUGUUUAAACUACGUUUUUUAUACACCUUUCUUAUCUCUUUUUCUUUUGUUUUGUGCAUGUAUCAUCAUGUAUGAACCUGGUGGAUUCGUAACCGCAUAUGCUUCAGAGGCACCCAACGAGGGUUUCCUCCUAAAUACAUUGAAAACACUUUUUAGGCUAUCCAGAGUGCUUCUAGGUCUCUAGAUAUGCAUUUUGAGCGGCGCUAUAAAAUUUGUAUCUGUUCGGUCAUCCUAGGUGAUCUUGAGUAUUUUCGAAGUUACAAGGGCUUUGGUAUUAUUUUCCCGAAAUUUUUUAUGCAAAUUGGCGUAUUACGAAAGUGAGAAGUAUUUUUAUUCCUCUCUCCAUCAUAUUUUUGAAUUCGAAAAUGUUAGGUUACCUUUUUCCUACGUCAAUAGCCUUAUCAGGGGAGUGAAAUGUGAAAAGUUAAACUUCAGAAAAUCGUUGGGAAUUUAUUAGAUAAGCUUGAAAAAUUGCACAUGAAUGGAACUGUCAUGUAGAACUGUUUAGCCGUCCGCAAGUAAUAGAAAUUUCUCGGCAAUGUUUGCAUUUCCGAACAGAUAUUUUACAGAAAACAGUCGUUGGGUGCCCUUGAUGCAUAUAGCCGUCACAUUUACCUGUUGGAAUUUUUUAAAAAAAUCUGUUGGAAAAUACGACAGUUGUAGUUUAUAAAUUGAUUUCUGUUAUUUUAUGUUAUGUUGUCAUGUUAUCUUAUAUAGAAAGAGGAGCUACUCAUGUCCAAAGAGAAAGAAGAAGAAAACAUGUGGGACAUCGUUGAUUUAGAUGAUGAGGCGAUCGAGGAGUAUGCCUCAAAUGAACUACUGGGACAGUUUUUGUCUAACACAGUAUUUAGGACUGGAAUCCUGUGUGUUAUCUUAUUUAACAGUAUAUUGAUAGCUGUUGAAACAGAUCAGGAACUGGUAAGUGACAUUCAGAUGUACCGUUAAGCUUUUAGAUGAAGCUUUCAUAUAGCAGAGCAUCCGCGCGCGCGAAGCUUGCGAAGCGGAGACCCAUACCUGGAAGAAAAUGGAAACCUAUCGAUGCCAGAAAAUUUGGUUGUAUCAUCAGCUUACGCCCGCCCAUCCGCCCGUACACUCUCCGGGGGUAGUGAAGGGAAUCCCGGACAUUGACGUUGCGUUUCGUUUUUGGCGCAAAAUCAACCAUUUUAGAAGCAACCAACGGAGUUGCUCGAGUAAAAAUUUACGACAAAAUUUUCGGAAAUAAAUUUCUAAGGCUUUGCUUUUUGCUUGGUCACGCUUUUGUCACACGACCCCUAGUCAAACUAUUGACAGGUGAAUUGAUGCGUGACAAUUUAUGCAGCAUCUAGAAAUUUGUUUGCCAGCAGACUACUUGCCGACAACUUAAGCCUUUUUUUUAAGUUCAGUUAUGUUUUUACAUUAUCGUGUUCUUGUACUGCCGCCACAAAAUGAAAUACAACUACGGUCAAGGUUCUUUUCCUGUUUUUCAAAACUGAAUUGUUUAUUUGGUGUUUUUGUCGAGGAAAGUGUCGCAAAGGGAUUCAUCGAUGGCGAUACACGACUGCGAGUUUUAUUGAACGGCUUCAAAAUCUCUGAUAUACGUAGGUCAACUCAUUUUUGGACUAAUAGGUAGAUUUGGGGUUAUUUUGGUCUAAUAAAAUUAAUUGGACGUAAAGUUUAACCGUCUCUUUAUCAAAUAUAAAGGCACUCAUUAAACAUUAAUUUAUUUUGUUUUUUCUUUAUGAAUUAUCAAUGGCUUUGGAAGAUUCGCUCAAAACAUUUCAGGGGGGCUGACAGCUUAAUAAACCAUUCCUACAACAUCACAUUGUUAUGAUAUUUGUAACAACAGAGGUUAUCUCGGAUUUGACAGGAACAGAAAUACAGCCACUUGUUUUCUGUGUUGGACCAGUGUCUUAUGACCAUCUUUGUGUGUGAGAUUCUCGUCAAAUGGUAUCAUGGCUUUUUCAUGUUCUGGAAGAUGGGAUGGAAUGUCUUGGAUUUCUUUAUCGUGGUAGCUCUUCUUCUUGGACCCUGUGAGUAUGUUAACUUUUAAGACUGAGUUCCAUGUAUCUACAGAUCCUCUCCGACUCCCAUAUCUAUUAUAACUUAACCCACUAUGAAAACUUCACUAUAUAUAGAUAUUCUGGUAAUAAAACGUGCACACGCGUGUUUUUAUUACCAGAAUACAAUACGGCUGAGUUCUGCGACCUUGGCUUCUUGAUCUGUGUCGCAUCCUGGAACUCAAGAUUUCCAGUUAAAUGCGUUAUUUUAACGUUUCCCCCAUCAGCGACCAUUUUAUGAACUUUGCAGAGUGAUAUACAGAGUAUAGGAUAAUCACCAGAAUGUGAUUAAAAACUCAAAGUAAUUAUAGGGCCACUAUCUACUCUCCAGUGUAGUUAGUAUAUACCAAAACAUGCGGUCACCUCCGUGUCCAUACGACGUAGCGAAUAAUUCUUCACUAGAGACCUUAAGAUUCUAGAACGAGGCCGACUACGAGGACGAGAUGUAACCUAGGGUUUUUUUGCGUAUUCUGAAAAAAAAAAAAAGAGAGAGAGAGAGACCCUCCGAGACGUUUCAUUGUGCUUUUUGCACCAAAAAAGUUUGCACGGUCAUUUUUAUUACAGGAGGUUAAGCCCUCUUUCGAUCGCAAAAUGAUAAGACUUUUAACAUUUGGUAAACGUAUUUUCGCCACUACGACAUUCUCGCCAAAAAAGGUAGGAGAAUGUCGUCGGGUAACACAUUUGCCUCCAAAAUGACGCUGGUUCUCGCGUGCUCAUUAUUUACUAUUGGGAAAAUGUCGUACUUGCAGUCACCCUUGUCCUAGAAUCUUAAAUCUUUAUUAUCUUGAGUUUAAAAAACCAGCUACAGGGCGAACAUUACAUCCACUGGGAGGAGGGGGGGGUUAGGUGUGUAGGAAGUUUUUUGUCUUGAUGUUGACAUAUUAUUACAGUACUUAGCACAGGAUCAGGAAGUCGAGGAGUGCUGAGGAUUCUCAGGGUGUUAAGAGCUUUUCGUAGUCUAAGAAGGUAGAGAAGUCCUUCUAUAUAGAGUAGUUAGUGUUAGAGAGGCAAUGAAUUAAUUUCUCUUUGUUCUUAAACUGUCCAAAGCUAUACAUUAAAUCCAUCGCAUGAUCAGUAUUUUUCGUGUUCCCCCUCAACCUGAUUAAUUGCAUUCACGUAACCUAAGAUACCCUGAAGUGAUUGCUAAGGAUUCAGGACUUGAAUACCAGGGACUAAGUACAGCGAUGGCGAAUCUUGGUCUUUGAUAAGAAAUCUCCAGGAAUGUCCCGUCCACUACGGUGGUCCAAGCAUGAUGAUGAUGAUGAAAUGAUUUCAUUCAUUAACGAGUAACCCUCCUGUCAAUACUUCGGUGAAGUCUGUGAAUCAAAGCUGGUGUGAUUUCUGGCACGGUCCAUGCGCACGCAUGUUUUCUUCUCCUCAACCAACAUUCAGUUUUAUCUUUUUUGUAGCAUCAGUUCGCUGCCUGGCUUACAGAUUGUUGUUCAGACUAUUCUACAGUCAGUCCCAGGUUAGUUUAGCUAAUAACAGCCUUCUAGUUUACCAUUUCUUGCCAAAUAGCGCGCACCAGCCAUCAAGACGCAAGAAAAUAACGGGAUUUUGUCUGUAAAUACCAAGGCCCAAACAGCGUAUGAAUAAAAUGCAGAACUUCAUUUUCGAUGAGUUUAUUACAACGGCUCACACUCACUUGUUUGAGAUUAUUAUUUCUUGAUUUUUCUCGGGUGGAAUUGGAAUUUUGGAGUGUUUGGUGACGGACGUUACACCUGAUCGACUUCUCAUUCUGAUCAUUUUGUAUAGAACUUUCUAGUUGCCUUCUAAUUGUCUAUCUGUGAUUAUGGACAAUAUUGUUUUGUUAAUGAUUAUAUUUAGGAUAAUGCCUGAGAUCUGAGGCCUUUUUGAAAAUUAUUAUUUUUUAGAAGGCCAAGGAGCGAGGGCAUUGUUCGAUCUAAUGCACCUUUCCUUUGUUUUAGAACCAGCAAAUCAUUGUUGUGGCCACAAAAGUGAAACAGCAGGUUAUUAUUCGUAAUAAUGACCUCCUGUUCCGCCUCAGCGACCUAGGCCCGGUUUUUCGAAGGCCGAUGAGCGCUUAACCCGGGUUUCUUCUUGUGUUCAAAAGCAUUUUCUCGGAUAAUUUUCUCCAUUAUUUUUAGAGCUUCCAAUGAUCAACUUGUAGACCAAAAGAAUUACACCUGAACUGCUUUUUAAGCUUUCAAAUCUGAAUUCAAAUCUCGCACUAACCCUGGGUUAGCUUAACCCAGCUUUGAACAACUCGGCCCUGCUCUUUAACUUGUUGGAAAUAGAGAGGCGAAGUCGUUACGUCACGUUGCCAUGAAACAAAAAUUUUUGGAUGACAACAAACCGAUAAAGUGACUUAAAAGUCUAUUCGCACUAUUUCAAACUUCACCGAUCUUAUUCAAUUUCAUUUUAUUUGGCAAAUCUUGGCGAAAUUUUCUUUGGAACCGUAUCUAUCGUUAUCUAAGUUUAGAAAAAGAAAGCGACAGUUUUGGAGUUGUGUUCACCUACUCAAUAAAGUGGGCUGGUGAAAUUAGAAAGUUUCAUGUCGUAGUGGUGCAACAACGGCAAAGAAAUGUACAAAUAGCGUGAUGCACGUGCAAAGUUGUUGUUUCUUAAUAUAAACAUAUUAUUUUUUGCCGUUCUCCUUGCCGUCGCCGUCGUCGUUGGUUUUGUUGUCAUCCCGAAAUAGUGCUACCAUGGUAACGUGACGUCACACUUUUCCUCUCUAUAAAAGCCUGUUCCAUACAAUGUAAAGGUUUAUUAAUUGUUGUUCUCUGUGCAGACAUGGCCAAUUUGGUUUUGCUGUUGGAGACUGUUUGGUGUUCUUUUUGCAGGCAUGGCCAUUAUUGGUUUUGUUUUACAUUAGGUAAUUAUUCUCUCUGCAGUCAUGUCCAAUAUUGUGUUAAUGAUUAUUUGUUGUUCUGUCUGCAGACAUGGCCAAUAUUGUUUUAUUAUUGGUGAUAAUCAUGUUAGUGUUUUCUGUGAUUGGUGUCACCCUGUUCAGAGACGUUGUACCGAAAUAUUUUGGAAAUCUGUCCAGCUGUAUCCUUUUGUCAUUCCCAUUGUCCUGAUCUGCUCAAUCUCCAAAGAGUUCUUGUUUGUGUUACUACAAUUCAAUUAAUUCCCCCGAAAGGUGUAUCAGAGCAGAACGUCAUCGUCAGGUAAUAUCCAUGUUUUAAGCUUUCACGCCUAUAACCCCUCGUCCCGGUUACAAGCCCAUUUAUUUUUGCAGAGGAAUUUUUUCCGGUUUUCAGCACCCCUGCUUCAAUAUAAGGAACUCCCCCAUCCCCCCGCCACCCCCUCGGGCAAAAGAUCCAUCUGUAUGCAACUGUGUACAUGUUGUUUUGUUAUUACCCGUUUACAGUUAAUGUUACAACAGUGUUGAAUUUCGUCUUGGAGUAAGAUAAAGUGUGCCUUUAUAAGUUUGUUUCUAGACGUCUUUUAUUAUCAUUAUUGUGCAAGCCAUCCGCCCCCUCCCCCCCUCUGAUAUAUGCCUGCCCAAAACCCUAAUGAACUGUUUUUAUACCGAAUUUUUACGGUAACAAUUUCAUUUAUAAUUAAAAUGUGUGAACUUUUUCAAAAAUCUUUUUGGUCCUGGUUGCAUAAAGCAUUUUAUGAUUACGAGAACUCGUUAGUAUUGAUUCAAAAUAAUAGGUUAUUAUUCCAGAACAAUAUUUAAGGGUCCUCUUAUCUUCAGACUGUUUUAUGCAACCAGUCCCAGAUCUUGCUGUCUGAAGAAACGAGAAGAGAUCUGGGGUCGAUACUGGCACUCAGACAUAGCAUCACGCAAGAAGGAAGUCCACGAUCAGCGUCGUCGCUUCAGCAAAACUAGAAUCGGUAAUUUGUCUUGUUGUGAAAUGUCAAGCGACAAGGCAGCGGAGAGCUUUCAGCAAAAUUCAACCCCAAUUAGAGAAAGAGGUAAACAAUUCGUUCAAAAUGAAGUCAAACCGUGUAAAGGAGAUGUAAUUUUGGAUUUAGGCUGUGGAACUGGUGCGGUCUCUGCUUAUCUUGCCGAGCUUGUUGGACAAGAAGGUAAAGUUUUGGGAGUUGAUCCUGACAAGCAGCGUUUAAAAGUGGCUCAAGAAUCCUACAAGGGAAUUAAAAAUCUCUCAUUUGUCGAAGGAAGCAGUUCGAAUUUUCCUGGUAUGGAUUCGGGAACCUAUGAUAUCAUUUAUUCCUUUGGAGUGCUUCACUGGGUUCAGAAUAAAGAAGAGGCUUUCAAGAACAUGUUCAGAGGUCUCAAACCAACGGGAAAAAUCACCGCGCUGUAUAUCGAGCACUUGCCCACUUUCUUUGUCCGCGGUUUUCGCGAGCUCAAUGGAGAAAAUUGGGAUCGUCUGCUUGAUAUGUUUAAGUUUGAGUCUAUGGCAGAAAUCGAGCGGAUAUGUGCAGCUGCUGGAUUUAGCAUUCUAAAAAGCUGCCAUAUUGAAGGUCCACAUUUCGAGUUUGAGAGUGCCGACCACCUUCGUUCUUUUUUCUGGUCAGCUACACAUGGCGUGUUUGAUCGGCAGCUUGCCACGGAUACAAGGCUGGCAAGAUUCUACGAUCUAUAUUCGACUGAAGGUUGUGGAAAAAUCAAGUGUCCUCCUGAAGAAAACGAUUUGUUUUCAGUUUUGAUUGCUGUUAAACCGGACAAAGCUUAG